CAUUUUUCGCUUCGGUUUUUGUUGGGAUAACAAACGAAAACAAACCACAACGAAACCCAAAAACCAAAAUUCCAAACAAACCAAAAGGAAGAAAAAGGGAUUUUGGCAGAUUCAUUCAUUCUCCGUUGCCUUCUUCCUCAAUCCACAUUUCUGUAAGAGGGCUCUGAUUUCAACCCAUUUCUUAUUUAGUUUCUUUUUCGCUUCACACCACGCAUUUAGAUCUUCCUAAUGAGUCGAUACGAUUCCAAUCCUUUCGACGAAGACGUCAAUCCCUUUUCUAAUCCUGGAGCUGGAAGUGUUCCACCUGCAAACUCGAGGCUCUCACCUCUUCCCCCUGAAACUUAUGAUCGUGGUGCAACAAUUGACAUUCCUCUUGAUAAUUCAAAGGAUUUGAGAGCUAAGGAGAAGGAGCUUCAAGCUAAAGAAGCUGAACUGAAGAAGAGGGAACAGGAAUUGAAACGGAGGGAAGAUGCCAUUGCACGAGCUGGAAUUGUUAUAGAGGAGAAAAAUUGGCCACCAUUUUUCCCCCUUAUCCAUCAUGAUAUUGCAAAUGAAAUACCGAUCCAUCUACAAAACAUUCAGUAUGUUGCCUUCACAACAUUGUUGGGUUUGGUUGUGUGCCUUUCGUGGAACUUUGUGGCAGUUACGACUGCUUGGAUCAAAGGUGAAGGUCCAACAAUAUGGUUUCUUGCUAUUAUCUACUUCAUAUCUGGUGUUCCUGGAGCAUAUGUUGGCUGGUAUCGUCCUCUCUAUCGGGCUACAAGGACUGAUAGUGCUCUGAAGUUUGGGUGGUUUUUCCUUGUUUACUCGAUUCAUAUCGCCUUCUGCAUCUUUUCUGCAGUUGCUCCUCCCAUUAUAUUCAAGGGGAAAUCUCUUACAGGGGUCUUACCUGCGAUAGACUUGUUGAGUAGUAAUGCUUUGGUUGGGAUAUUCUAUUUCAUUGGUUUUGCAUUCUUCUGCAUUGAAUCAUUAAUCAGCAUAUGGGUUAUCCAGCAAGUGUACAUGUACUUCCGUGGCAGCGGUAAGGCUGCAGAAAUGAAACGUGAAGCCGCCAUGGGAACCCUGAGGGCAGCUUUUUGAAAUGAACAUUCAAACUUGUUUUUACCUGCUGACAAGACUCAAAGAUCAUCACCAUCCCCCACCUGAAAAGAGUGUGUAAGUUCGAGGAAAAUCCAUCAUUUUAGUCACCAUCUUUUACAUCAACAGUUCUCAUAUAGUGAGGUUUCUUAUAGUGUUACUUCCUUAUUAAUUGAUUAAGUGUUGUCUUAACCAAAAACCAGCGAAAAUUUAGUAGCAAAUACCACAAAUAUUUUCAACAGCCUGAAUUCUUGUUGAUCCCUCCCUGCUUACUCUCAUGUAGAUCCGUUCACAUAAUCAUUCUGCUGUACUGAUAUUUUUGUGUCCA